UCCUCCGUAACAAUAACAUCAACUUCCAUGACGUCAUCGACCUCCUCAACAACAUCUGCCACGUCCACGCUUACAACAUCGACCAGAACAUCUACAUCAUCGUCCACCAGUGUCACGAGUAGCACUACAGCCACCAUCACGAGCACCACCACAUCCUCAACCACUGCAACGUCCACAACGUCAACAUCUACCACAUCCGCUACGUCAACAACAUCGAGCACCAUCACCGCCUCGACAACGACUACCAGGACGUUGACAUCUACUACGUCCAUCUCAUCUACGAGCUCGACAUCUGUGAGCUCAACAAUCACUUCUACCACGUCGUCAACAUCCACGACGCUUUCCAGCAGCAGCACGACCUCGAGCACAAGCAGGACGUCGACUUCCUCCACCGCCACAACCGUGACCAUUACGCUAACAGCGUCUUCGACGACAAUCACAGGCACCACGGUCACCUCCACAUCUUCCACCGUCACAACACUCACCAGUUCCUCCACCUCCAGUACAUCCUCGACUACCCAGUCAGCAACAUCCAGCACGACAA